AUGCCCUUUGGGUUUACAAAUGCACCAGCGACGUUUCAGAGAGCAAUGGUUAUUUUUCUCUCGCCUUUCCGUUGGAAAUCUUGCGUAGUCUAUUUAGACGACAUCAUUUAUCUUCAGCCACUGCGCAAAUUUGUCCCACAGUACGCGAAAAUCGCGCAUCUGUUAAACCAACUGCUGAAGAAGGGACAACCGGUCCAAAUCGCGGAGUUCAACGAACCGUGCAACGCAGCUUUCCACGAGCUCAAGGACGCCAUUUUAGCACCACCGGGGCUGGCGUUGCCAAGGAAGGGCCUCCCGUAUUCAGUGGACACCGAUGCGAGCGAUUAUCAUAUUGGGGCCGCGCUUUUUCAAACGCAUCGUGAUGCACAGCGUAAACCCAUCGGGUUCUUUUCGAGAACGCUGGCUGCUGCCGAAAGGAAUUAUUCUGUAUCCGAAAAAGAAUGUUUGGCGGUCAUUUGGGCCGUCCAGACCUUGAGACCGUAUUUAUACGGGGAGCACUUCAUAGUGCAUACCGACCACUCCUCGUUGAGGUGGUUGAUGAAUGUAACGGACUCUAGUGGAAGUUUAAUCUUAUGGAGGCUACGCCUCUCGGAAUUUGAUUUUGAGAUCAAAUACAAGAAAGGAAAGGUAAACACGAAAGCGGACGCGUUGUCAAGAUUGUUGACGAAGGGCGAAACUAGCAACGAUGUCGACGAGGAGAUACCAUGUUCCAUGCAGGACGUUUACCCUUUCUGUAUUCAAACUAAGGAGGAAAUGGAAGAAGGAAGAACGAAUUCGUUCACAACGGAGGCCGAGGAAUUUGAAGGAAUUUUAUGUCGAACCUCUGCGGAGUUCGUACAAGUGGUAAUACCACAAUCACUGAAGGACCGUGUCCUAGGGUUAAGCCACUAUGCUAAAUUAGCAUGGCACCCAGAAGGCAGGAAACUGUAUAAGACCUUGAGAAGAUCGUUUAAUUGGCCUACAAUGGCGCUGGAUUGCUACGCGGUAGCUAGGAAGUGCGCGGAUUGCGCGCGAGAAAGAGUGAAGCUCAGGAAGAACGCGAAGGAGAUGCAGCUGUUCACGCCGAACGCCCCAUUGGAAUUUGUCGCGAUUGAUAUACUCGGAGAGCUCAUGACCACAAGUCGGGGCAACUGGUACAUUUUAGUGAUCAGCGACCGCUAUUCGAAGUUGGUACGGACCGUACCGUUGAAGAAGAUUUCCGCCGCGCACAUUGCGCAGGCCUUUGUACACAACUGGGUUUUCAUUUAUGGACCCCCUGUGAAGCUGCUGUCCGACAAUGGGACGCAGUUCACAGCCAAGUACUUCCAGAAUAUUUGCCGAAUUCUGGGCAUCAGGAAUGUCUUUACAACUAAGUACCACCCGCAAGCCAACGGCCAAGUGGAGAGAUUUAAUCGGACUAUAUUGUCCGCGGUACGGAAGUAUAUUGGAGACCAUCCGAAGGAUUGGGACUUGUUUAGUGACGCGGUGACGUUCGCCUACAACACAAAAGUUCAUCGAACUACGAACAUGAUGUUCGUAGUUCGAUGA